AUGAGGUUGUUGACGUAUACCACUACAACACUUUUGAUAUCAGAUGAGAUAUUGAAAGAGAGCUAUAUGCGUCUUCCCGAUCUCAAAUAUAGUAAAGGCACAAGCAAGAAAACACACGACUCCUACAAAACUUUACUAAGGAAAUACGAGAAGACCAAAAAUAAGUUGGUAUUGAUAACAGGGAAAUAUACUAACCUACAGAUUAACAAGGAGAAGGAUUGGAGGGUGUUCUUUGAUGCCAAGAAAAACACAUCAGAUAUAAUCAAGGCUGCCAGACCGAAAGGACCCAGUUGCUGUGCCAAUGAUAACUGGAAAAUCUCCAAGAUUGCUUGUGAGUCGUACUGGGUGUGGAAAUGUUACCACAUUGAUGGCAAAAAUGAAAAAGAGGUCAAAUCCAAGGAGAGCUCCAAAACUUUAUUAGGGAAAUGUAAGGAAUCCAAAACAGAAGGACACAAGGAUGCGUCAAUCAAGAAGGCCAGGCUGGAGACUGGCAAUUUGUCAGACUUGGACUUGAUUGACUUGCACACCGACAUUGUUGGAUGUUCUGCAGACUCCAGUAAAGUAGCCAAACUUCAUGCAACCAGCAAGGACACCACCACAAACAAUGUACUAGACAAUGCAAAGGCCCCAUGUUUGAAAAUCAGGUAUAAAAAGCCCAUUGCGUCAACCAUAUCAGCCACUCACCCCGUCCCACCAAUUCCAUCCAGCUCAGCCACUCUAUACAUUGCAUCUGCUGAGAACUGUGCCUUACAAGUGGGCACCUCCGACAUCAUAUCAGCAGCAUUAUUGCUGACAUCAGCUGUGGAGAAAACUAAGAAAGUAAAAGAAGGUGCUAAGAAGAUAUCAUCAAGUAAGGACUAUCUGAAAGUAACAGUUGCCAUCACACCAAGUACUCUAGUCAAUUUAAAGUUAUUACUGGGCUUUGCUCAAUUUCCAAUUAUCAUUGCUGGGACAUCCCAGCACUUAUGGGCUAUCCCAGCACUCAUGGGUUAUCCCAGUCAACAUUUCUGGGAUAUCCCAGCUAACUUGAAAGUAUACCAUGUUCAACAAAACUUGAUCACAACCACCAAAAUCUCAGCUUUGAAGCUUCAAAAAGUUUGUGUGACAACUUGGUACAUCACCCUGCAUUUGGAUCAUCCCAUCCUACCUUUGGGACAAACCUUGGAUUGUAAUAAUCAAGGCAAAAGAGGGCUUCACAUGGGUUGUCAUAUGUUAGAACAACCAGUGAAUAACCCUGCUCUGGUUGUGGUAAUUAAUUGA